GAGUCACUUUAAAGGCUCUUUCUUACCCAUAAUGCUUUGUGGGGACGUUGACAAGUGGAUCCAAGAUGGCGUAGAAAGUAAUGACAGGAUUUGGAUGAAGUAAUGGAUCACUAAUGAACUACAGUGCUGGUGAGAUGUGUAAGAUUGAGGCAUGUAAUUGACAUUUUGCCUUAAAAAAAUAAAAACUUAGGAAAGGAAGGUGGACAUAAACCAAGAUUCUUUUAAAUUAUAAAGAGCUCUGAUGGGCUAUUUGGGUGAUACCCAGUGCAGUGAACUGCAGGAUUUUUGUCCCUGAGUCAUGGAAGACAGAAGAGCUGAAAAGUCAUGUGAACAAGCAUGUGAAUCACUUAAGAGGCAGGACUAUGAAAUGGCCCUCAAGCACUGCACAGAGGCCCUUCUUUCUCUUGGCCAGUACUCCAUGGCAGACUUCACAGGGCCUUGUCCAUUGGAAAUAGAACGCAUCAAAAUCGAGAGUCUUCUCUACAGAAUUGCCUCAUUUUUGCAACUGAAAAAUUAUGUGCAAGCUGAUGAAGAUUGUAGACAUGUGCUGGGAGAAGGACUGGCCAAGGGAGAGGAUGCCUUUCGGGCAGUGCUUUGCUGCAUGCAGCUGAAAGGGAAGCUCCAACCUGUAUCCACCAUUCUUGCCAAGUCACUGACAGGAGAGUCCCUGAAUGGGAUGGUAACAAAGGAUUUGACAAGACUAAAAACACUUCUCUCAGAAACAGAGACAGCAACUAGUAACGCCCUCUCUGGAUAUCACGUGGAAGACUUAGAUGAGGGGUCUUGUAAUGGUUGGCAUUUCCGCCCACCACCUAGGGGAAUCACAAGCAGCGAGGAAUAUACUUUGUGUAAAAGAUUUUUAGAGCAAGGAAUCUGUAGGUAUGGUGCCCAGUGUACUUCAGCACAUUCCCAGGAAGAACUAGCAGAAUGGCAGAAAAGAUAUGCUUCACGGCUGAUAAAAUUGAAACAGCAAAAUGAGAAUAAACAGCUCUCAGGCAGUUACAUGGAAACCUUGAUAGAAAAGUGGAUGAAUUCAUUGUCUCCUGAGAAAGUGCUUAGUGAAUGUAUAGAAGGAGUAAAGGUAGAGCACAAUCCUGACCUGUCAGUUACUGUCAGCACCAAAAAAUCCCACCAGACAUGGACCUUUGCUCUCACUUGUAAGCCUGCAAGAAUGCUGUAUCGUGUAGCAUUGCUUUAUGAUGCUCAUCGUCCUCAUUUUAGUAUCAUUGCAAUAUCUGCCGGAGAUAGUACUACCCAGGUAUCACAAGAAGUCCCAGAAAACUGUCAAGAAUGGAUAGGAGGAAAGAUGGCCCAAAAUGGAUUAGAUCAUUACGUGUAUAAAGUCGGGAUAGCAUUUAACACAGAAAUAUUUGGAACUUUUCGCCAAACCAUAGUUUUCGACUUUGGAUUGGAACCAGUACUCAUGCAAAGAGUAAUGAUUGAUGCAGCUUCUACAGAAGAUCUCGAAUACCUGAUGCAUGCAAAACAGCAGCUAGUAACCACAGCUAAACGUUGGGAUUCUUCCUCUAAGACUAUUAUAGAUUUUGAACCUAAUGAGACUACUGAUUUGGAGAAGAGCCUUCUUAUCAGAUACCAAAUUCCCCUCUCUGCUGACCAGCUAUUUACCCAGUCCGUUUUAGACAAAUCAUUGACCAAGAGCAACUAUCAGUCACGGUUACAUGACCUUCUUUAUAUUGAGGAGAUAGCCCAGUAUAAAGAAAUCAGCAACACUUCUGGUGCCUCCACCUCAAGAAUUUUGUUGCAAGACACAACCAAUGUCACAAGAGGAUUCUCUUGUUGCUCUAAACUGUUCAACCUUAAAGUGCAAUUGCAGAUUCUGGCAAGCUUCAUGCUCACUGGUGUUUCUGGAGGUGCAAAGUAUGCUCAGAAUGGACAACUUUUUGGUCGCUUUAAGCUUACUGAAACACUUUCUGAAGAUACUUUGGCUGGACGACUGGUGAUGACCAAAGUCAAUGCUGUUUAUUUAUUACCAGUCCCUAAACAGAAGUUAGUACAGACCCAGGGAACCAAAGAGAAGGUUUAUGAAGCUACUAUUGAAGAAAAAACAAAGGAAUAUAUAUUUUUAAGGCUAUCUAGGGAAUGCUGUGAAGAACUUAAUCUUCGGCCUGACUGUGACACACAGGUUGAACUUCAGUUUCAAUUAAAUCGAUUACCCCUCUGUGAAAUGCACUAUGCACUAGACAGGAUCAAGGACAAUGGGGUUUUGUUUCCAGACAUCAGUAUGACUCCCACCAUACCAUGGAGUCCUAACAGACAAUGGGAUGAACAGUUGGAUCCUCGACUAAAUGCAAAACAGAAAGAGGCUGUUCUGGCCAUUACCACUCCACUUGCAAUCCAGCUGCCGCCUGUGCUUAUCAUCGGACCCUAUGGGACAGGCAAAACGUUCACUCUAGCUCAGGCUGUCAAACAUAUUCUGCAGCAACAGGAGACUAGCAGGAUUCUCAUUUGCACCCAUUCUAAUAGUGCUGCUGAUCUCUACAUAAAGGAUUAUUUACAUCCAUAUGUAGAAGCAGGCAAUCCCCAGGCAAGACCUCUCAGGGUAUAUUUCAGAAAUCGCUGGGUAAAGACUGUCCACCCAGUUGUGCAUCAGUACUGUUUGAUCUCAAGCGCACAUUCCACCUUUCAGAUGCCCCAGAAAGAAGAUAUUCUUAAACAUCGAGUGGUGGUUGUUACAUUGAAUACUUCCCAGUACCUCUGUCAGUUGGACCUUGAACCUGGGUUUUUUACACACAUUCUAUUAGAUGAAGCUGCCCAGGCCAUGGAGUGUGAAACCAUUAUGCCUCUAGCAUUAGCAACUCAAAACACUCGGAUUGUCUUGGCUGGUGAUCACAUGCAGCUCAGUCCUUUUGUUUACAGCGAGUUUGCCAGGGAGAGAAACCUUCACGUUUCAUUACUUGACCGACUCUAUGAGCAUUACCCUGCUGAGUUCCCAUGUAGGAUUCUCCUGUGUGAGAACUACCGCUCCCAUGAAGCUAUCAUCAAUUAUACCUCUGAGCUUUUCUAUGAGGGCAAACUGAUGGCCAGUGGGAAGCAGCCAGCACACAAAGAUUUCUACCCACUAACUUUCUUUACAGCACGAGGAGAAGAUGUACAAGAAAAAAAUAGCACAGCUUUUUAUAAUAAUGCAGAGGUGUUUGAAGUGGUGGAACGUGUAGAAGAGUUAAGAAGGAAGUGGCCAGUAGCGUGGGGGAAGUUAGAUGAUGGCAGUAUUGGUGUGGUGACUCCAUAUGCUGAUCAAGUGUUUAGAAUACGUGCUGAACUUCGAAAAAAGAGAUUAUCUGAUGUUAAUGUAGAAAGGGUGCUAAAUGUUCAAGGAAAGCAAUUCAGAGUUUUGUUUCUUAGCACAGUACGUACAAGACAUACUUGUAAACAUAAACAGACACCAAUUAAAAAGAAAGAGCAACUUCUGGAAGAUUCCACAGAGGACUUAGAUUAUGGUUUUUUAUCUAACUACAAGCUUCUCAAUACUGCCAUCACAAGAGCACAAUCCCUGGUUGCUGUGGUGGGUGAUCCCAUUGCUCUGUGCUCUAUUGGAAGAUGCAGGAAAUUUUGGGAACGGUUUAUUGCCCUGUGUCAUGAAAACAGUAGCCUACAUGGAAUCACUUUUGAACAGAUCAAAGCCCAGUUAGAGGCUUUAGAACUAAAAAAGACAUAUGUGUUGAAUCCGCUGGCACCUGAAUUUAUCCCCCGGGCUCUAAGACUGCAGCAUUCAGGAAGUACCAACAAACAGCAGCAAUCACCACCCAAGGGGAAAAGUCUUCAUCAUACCCAGAAUGAUCACUUCCAGAAUGAUGGAAUUGUUCAGCCCAAUCCUUCUGUACUUAUUGGCAAUCCUAUUAGAGCAUAUACUCCUCCACCCCCUCUUGGACCUCACCCAAAUUUGGGAAAAUCUCCAAGCCCUGUUCAAAGAAUAGAUCCUCACACUGGGACAAGUAUUCUUUAUGUACCUGCUGUCUAUGGAGGGAAUGUAGUUAUGUCGGUGCCUUUACCUGUACCAUGGACAGGAUACCAGGGUAGGUUUGCAGUUGAUCCUCGAAUUAUUACACAUCAGGCAGCAAUGGCCUAUAACAUGAACCUAUUACAGACACAUGGACGAGGAUCUCCUAUUCCUUAUGGCCUUGGACAUCACCCACCUGUCACCAUAGGCCAGCCACAAAAUCAGCAUCAGGAGAAGGAUCAACAUGAGCAAAAUCGAAAUGGUAAAAGUGAUACAAAUAAUUCCGGACCUGAAAUUAAUAAGAUUCGAACACCAGAGAAAAAGCCAACAGAACCAAAACAGGUUGAUUUGGAAUCAAAUCCACAGAACAGAAGUCCUGAAUCACGUCCUAGUGUUGUUUAUCCCACUACCAAAUUUCCUCGCAAAGAUAAUCUCAACCCAAGACACAUAAAUCUUCCCCUUCCUGCUCCCCACGCACAGUAUGCAAUCCCUAAUCGCCACUUUCAUCCCCUUCCCCAGCUACCAAGACCACCCUUUCCAAUUCCACAGCAGCACACCUUGUUAAAUCAGCAGCAGAAUAAUUUGCCUGAACAACCAAAUCAGAUACCACCUCAGCCAAAUCAGGUAGUCCAGCAGCAAAGUCAGUUGAAUCAGCAGCCUCAGCAGCUGCCUCCUCAGCUUUCUCCUGCAUAUCAGGCGGGACCCAACAAUGCUUUUUUUAAUAGUGCAGUUGCUCAUCGGCCACAGUCUCCUCCUGCAGAAGCUGUAAUUCCGGAGCAGCAGCCCCCUCCCAUGCUGCAAGAAGGCCACAGUCCUCUGAGAGCCAUUGCACAACCCGGCCCCAUUCUUGCUUCACAUCUGAAUAGCUUCAUUGAUGAGAACCCCUCGGGAUUACCUAUAGGGGAGGCUUUAGAUCGUAUACAUGGGAGUGUCACUCUGGAAACAUUAAGGCAGCAGCAGGCACGGUUCCAGCAGUGGAGCGAGCAUCAUGCCUUUCUCAGUCAGGGCAGCGUUCCAUACCCACACCAUCACCAUCCUCACCUCCAGCAUCUUCCUCAGCCGCCCCUGGGAUUACAUCAGCCGCCAGUGCGGGCAGACUGGAAGCUCACCAGCAGUGCCGAAGAUGAAGUGGAGACCACAUACUCAAGGUUUCAAGACUUAAUCAGAGAACUGUCUCAUCGUGAUCAAAGUGAAACACGGGAACUAGCUGAAAUGCCACCACCUCAAUCAAGACUUUUGCAAUAUAGACAAGUACAGAGUAGAAGCCCACCAGCAGUCCCAUCUCCCCCAUCCAGUACAGAACACAGUAGCCACUUUUCUAACUUUAAUGAUAACAGCAGAGACAUUGAAGUAGCCAGCAACCCAGCAUUUCCACAGCGCCUCCCACCCCAGAUAUUCAACUCACCUUUCUCGUUGCCAUCUGAACACCUUGCCCCUCCCCCCUUGAAAUACCUGGCACCUGAUGGAGCAUGGACUUUUGCUAACUUGCAACAGAAUCACCUAAUGGGGCCAGGUUUUCCCUAUGGCCUACCUCCAUUGCCUCACAGGCCACCGCAGAACCCUUUUGUACAAAUACAGAAUCAUCAACAUGCUAUUGGUCAAGAGCCAUUUCACCCAUUGUCAUCUCGAACAGUAUCUUCUUCUUCGCUCCCUAGCUUAGAAGAGUAUGAGCCCAGAGGACCUGGUCGGCCCUUGUACCAAAGAAGAAUCUCAUCUAGCUCAGUUCAACCUUGUUCUGAAGAAGUAAGCACUCCUCAAGACAGUCUGGCUCAGUGUAAAGAGCUUCAGGACCACAGUAACCAAUCUUCUUUCAACUUUUCAUCCCCGGAGUCCUGGGUAAACACCACCUCAUCUACUCCUUAUCAGAACAUUCCGUGCAAUGGAUCCAGCAGGACAGCUCAGCCCAGAGAGUUGAUAGCGCCACCCAAGACUGUCAAACCCCCUGAGGAUCAACUGAAGUCGGAGAACCUCGAGGUGUCCAGUUCCUUCAACUACAGUGUGCUGCAGCAUCUUGGCCAGUUUCCACCCCUUAUGCCUAACAAGCAGAUCGCGGAGUCGGCCAAUAGCAGUAGCCCCCAGAGCUCUGCGGGGGGCAAGCCUGCCAUGUCCUAUGCCAGCGCUCUGCGGGCCCCUCCAAAGCCCAGGCCCCCUCCUGAGCAGGCCAAGAAGAGUAGCGACCCUCUGUCUCUCUUCCAGGAACUGAGCCUGGGGAGCUCAUCUGGCAGCAAUGGCUUUUACUCAUAUUUUAAAUAAUCACUUUUUUUUUCCCUCAAGGGAGAAUGUUUUAAUUUCUGUUUGUAUCAGUAGAAUUAAGGUAGUUGGACUUCAUCUAUAGAUGCACAGUUCCCUUUGUUUUAAUAUUAAAUAUGUUCUCACUUAAUUGCUUUGCUGCUAGACUUGCAACUAAUUUUUUUAAAGUAUAUUCCAUUAUUUUGCAUUUUUGAUGUGUCAAAACUUUGACAGCUUUUAUGUAGAAUAAAAAAAUUUUUAAAUUUGUGUAUUGUUACAUAUGUUUGCAUCAAGCUAGCAGCCAAGAGGUUAAUUGUGCAACUAUAAAAAAAAAAAAAGAAAAAAAAGUUUGUCUAAAAUGUAUUUAAAAAGAAAAAAAAAUUGUAAGUAGCAUUUACAUUUAUUCAAUAAUAUUACCACAUGCUGGGUUUCUGUACCAGAAAUGGCCAGUUGAUGUACAAAUGUAUGUUAUUUUUGCUUAAAUUCAUUUAAAUUUUUUUUAAAA